GCUCGCAAGUUAAAAUCGACAAAGACUGCACGCUUAAGAACAUUCCAAGGAUGCGCUUCUGAAAAAACUCGAGAACAUUGUACAGCAAUAUGUAUAAAUAAAUGAUUGGUAGAUAAUCGAAGUCAAUCCAUACAUGAGCAAGUGGCAUAAACAAAUGGGAAAUGAGAAUUAGUAAUACAGUGAUUUAUUAAAUAGCGUUUUUCAAAAUACAUAAAUUCCGUUCAAAUAAAUAAAACUAUACUAAAAACUUUCUUACGAUAUUUAUAAAAUAUGACAGUGAAUUUGAUGAACCCGUAAAUCCGAUGCUGCUUCAACUUAAAACAUGUAAAAAUCUAAUCUAAACACUCUUAACCACUGACAGUAAGUGCUUAUAUAAGCUCCUUGAAGUGUGUUUUACUCUUUAGUGUCAUUCAGAAUGGAGGCUAAUAACAAUGCUUUGCUUUUAAGGAUAGCUCUCUUAAUUAGUUUGAUGACGUAUAGAGAAUGCGCGUCAAAUUACACAUUUUCUUCUGAUUUCCUGUUUGGUACUGCAACAUCCGCUUAUCAAGUUGAAGGAGCUUGGAAUGAAUCAGGAAAAGGUGAAAAUGUAUGGGAUUUCAUAACCCACAACACUCCCGAAUUCGUUUAUGACGAAAGUAAUGGAGAUAUUGCUUGUGACUCCUAUCACAAAUACGAAGAGGAUAUUAGUCUCCUAAAAGACAUAGGAGUAAACUUUUAUAGAUUCUCUGUAUCUUGGACCAGAAUAUAUCCAAAUGGUUAUCCGUACAAUCCGAAUGCAGAAGGAAUCGCAUACUACAACAAUCUUAUUGAUGGUCUUCUCGCCCAAAAUAUAACACCAAUGUUAACCAUUUACCACUGGGAUCUUCCUCAACGUCUUCAAGAAUUGGGUGGUUGGACAAAUUCAUACAUUGUAGAAUCGUUUACAGAAUAUGCAAGAACCCUUUUGGAGAAUUAUUCUGAUCGUGUUAAAUAUUGGAUCACAAUCAAUGAACCGUACUCAAUAUGCAAUGAAGGAUAUGGAGAAGUUGCAUAUGCUCCAGCUCUAGACAUGUCAGGCAGAGCGGAUUAUCUAUGCAUUCACAACCUACUCAAAUCUCAUGCUGCAGUGUAUCAUCUUUUUAAUAAUACCUACAGGGCCAGAAAUAACGCCACAAUGGGUAUCUCCUUGAGCGCUGCAUGGUAUGAACCCAGCAGCCCCGAAGAAGAAGAAGCUGCUGAAAGAACCAGACAGUUCAGGGUAGGUUUCUACGCAAAUCCAAUUUUUUCAACAGACGGUGAUUAUCCUCAAGUAAUAAAAGAGUACAUUGGUAAUCGAAGUUCUGCUCAAGGCUUCACUAAAUCUAGACUUCCCCAAUUCACUUCGGAUGAAAUUGACUAUAUUAGGGGAACGUCCGAUUUUUUUGGACUGAAUCAUUACACCACUAAAUUGGUGAGAAAUUCACCAGCAACUAACAAUACAGUUUCAUUUGAAAGCGAUCUGCAAACGGAGCAGUUUCUUAAUUCUAGUUGGCCAAUGGAUGCAGCUGGCAGGGACGCUAUUGUUCCAUGGGGUCUCCGAAAGCUUUUAACGUGGAUUAAAAACACAUUUAACAACCCUAUCAUUCAUAUUACAGAAAAUGGUACUCCAGAUAGUGGGGGGUUAGAAGAUAACAUUAGAGUGUCUUAUUAUGGGUCAUAUCUUGAAGCAGUUCUGGAAGCUAUCAAUGAAGAUAAUGUAGAUGUUCGAAGUUAUACUGCUUGGAGUCUAAUGGACAAUUAUGAAUGGAAAUACGGAUACGCCUACCGUUACGGAAUUCAUUCCGUCAAUUUUUCUGACCCAGAUCGUCCAAGAACACCAAAAUUAUCAGUCAGCUUUUACAAAGACCUCAUAGCUAACAGGACUGUUGGUGACUACCCUUCACUUUCGUAAAAAUAUGUAUUUGCUGUUUGAGAAUAUGUGUUCGUAUUUGUUAAAACAAAACUUAGGACUUCGAUCAUUUACAAAACUUAGGUACUAGAAAUCAUCUAUAGGUAUUCAAAAUUCAGCUCAGGAUGAAAAUGAUCAAUUUCCAUUAACAUACUCUGUCAUAAUACAGACUCUAAUCCUUUAGAGGGUACAAUAGAAAUUAGGAAAGGGAGAUUUUGAAUUAAAUAAUUGGGCAUCUAGCUUCGUCAACUACAUUCGUUGACAAAUAGGACACAAAAGUCUUGGAAUUCGAGGGAUUAUAUAUAAAAAAAAUUGGAUAUUCAAAACAGGAUUUUAUUAUUAGAAAUGAGUUUAGAUUUAUUCAGACCAUAAAAGCAUAGAUGAUCUUAGACUUUGAUAGUAAAAUGUAGUAACCAAAAUAAGAGUUCAGCCAGCGGAUAGCAGUACUUCCCACCUCUCCUUAAAAAAACGACAGGAUUGUUAAUCCAAGAAUGUUUAUAUUGUAUCCGUGCCGUGUAAGGAUUUCCACAAGAGUCCUAGCCCCUUUCCUUUUAUGCCACAGAAACCUGGAGCGAGACUUCGUGUCAGUCCUCUAAUAAUAAUAACAGUUUUGAUGUUGUUAAAUGGCCUCUUAGGAGAGGUAAAAUGGCAUUAUAAAACAAGAAAAUUAAGUUACUGUUUGUACCCAUGCUUAAAAUUCAUCGUAUGCAAGAAAAAUGUAGUUAAAAGUAAUUUAAAGUAGUAAUUUCAAGUAAUGUAACUCCAUAUUUAAAAAUAAAAUAAAAACACUUGGAGUUUACAAAUAAUUUAUUACAACCACUAUAAUUAUUUCGACACUCUGUGCCUUCUUCAGGUGGUGAAGAUAUCAUAUCUAUCUUCAUUUGUAAACUCGAAGUGUUUUUAUUUUAUUUGUAGUUAAAAGUACCUACAUGCAAAUGCAAUUCUCGCCCUAAUAAAAAAUUACUACUAUGCAAGGCCGUAUUCAAUCAGCUGGUAAUUAGCAACUUCAAUGCUGUAUUUCUAUUAUAAUUUUUGGUCAUGUGUUGUUAUUUAUUAGAUUUGAUAAAGUGUGGUUCAAGAUGUUUAUGCUGCCUGUAAUAGUUUGUUCUUUAAUAUUUACACCUUGUAUUCAGUUAAUCGAUAUGUACUUCAAUAAACUAAUUCACCAAUUAAA